CCAGCUGCUGAGAGCGCGUUUCUUUUAAAGAAGAGCCAAAACGGAUCGCUUCCUUUGUUCCGGGUGAAAUUCAGCCUGACCUGUGCCUGGCUCCAGCAAUACAACUUCGCGGACGGCAACCUAAGCCAAGCCCGACUCUCUUCCGCCAUGGACCCUCCAGGCUGCAGCGCGCCUCCCGCCUUCCUGUGAGGCCGCCGAAGAAGCGCGAAAAUUCAAGGCGGCGCCCUCUUGUUUCCCGCUCGCUGAGGCGCCCAGCCCGGCCGCCCUCCGGAGACUGAAGGCAGCAGCGCCCGGCGGUCGCCCUCCCGCCGCCCCCUUUGGACUCCGCGGCUGGACGGACGGGCCCCGCUGCGGCAAGACAUGGCCGGGCGGCGGCUGUGGUGGCGGCGGCGGCGGGGGGCGCUGGCGGAGCCCGCAGGCGGCUACUCCUGCGUGGCGGUGGCGGCGGCGGCGCUGGCCCUACUGCUUUUGCAGCUGCCCGGCGGCAGCCCGGCGGUGCCGGCGCAGAACGACACGGAGCCCAUCGUGCUGGAGGGCAAGUGUCUGGUGGUGUGCGACUCCAGCCCGUCCGCCGACGGCGCCAUCACCUCGUCGCUGGGCAUCUCCGUGCGCUCCGGCAGCGCCAAGGUGGCGUUCUCGGCCACGCGCAGCACCAACCACGAGCCGUCCGAGAUGAGCAACCGCACCAUGACCAUCUACUUCGACCAGGUAUUAGUUAAUAUUGGCAACCAUUUCGACCUGGCUUCCAGUAUAUUUGUAGCGCCAAGAAAAGGAAUAUAUAGUUUCAGUUUCCAUGUUGUGAAAGUAUAUAACAGACAAACUAUCCAGGUAAGCCUAAUGCAAAACGGCUAUCCAGUGAUUUCAGCUUUUGCUGGAGACCAAGAUGUCACCAGAGAAGCAGCCAGCAAUGGGGUCUUGCUCCUUAUGGAAAGAGAAGACAAAGUGCAUCUCAAACUGGAGAGAGGGAACCUCAUGGGAGGGUGGAAAUACUCAACCUUUUCCGGCUUCUUAGUCUUUCCACUAUAAAGGGAUGUAAAGGAGAAGUCUGAUUUGCAAGCUGGAAUAAGGAUCAAAUCAUUUUGGAAAAACAUACACACACAAGAUCCCUCCUCCCUCUCCCAGAACUUGGCUAGACACGCCAAUAAUUCCAGCCACCCAGUCAGACUGCCAUCAGAGAAUAAUGACAAACCUUCUUGAUGCCACUGUUUGCUUUGACUCUUGACUGUUCCUUGGGAAAACCUGCAGCCCUGAUUAGUUUUAGAUGACAGUGAUCUUUAAAAGAAACAAAAUUAUCAACCUGAGCAAUUUGUACCUGUGAUUGUAAAGUCAAUUUUGGAUUUUAUUGUUGGGAUCAUUGACUUUCCUCCCUUCAUUCUGUUUCUGUUCCUGUCCUGGAGAGACAUGCUAAUUGGGACCACAUAAAACCAGUCCAAGGCUUACCCCCAAAGCCAGAAGAAUCUGAUAUUCAACGAAGUGUUCCUGUGAUGCUUUCUCUUUUUGUGUUUGUAUAGCCUUAAAAAUAUACCAAGACAAAAAUAAGAAUGGCUUCAGUUUCAAACCUGUAUCUUCUGGGGAAGGGAUUUUUUUUUUUUUUUGGACAUUACUUUGUCAAGAAGUGCUUUAUCCAGUGAAGCAAAUUUUGCACGAUUGGAAACUACUUUCUUUUGUGUUACUUGUGUUUUCCAUCAUCAUUUCCC